CCAAUUGUACCUAUAACGUAUAUUCGCUAAAGAGUUUUCAAGAACCUAAUGUGGAGGACCAACUGAUGUGCAAAGUCAGGGUAAGAGAUGCGACUGGUACCAAAAAAGGAGGAAUUCAACACCUUUAUGUGAACUGUCAUAAAUCCAAUAGGCAAACUAAACUAAACACCAUCAUACGGGAUUGCCCCAAGUGGCCCAGAUCGGAGUUGAAGGGCCUCAGCACGGUCCAGUUUACCCAACAUCUCCCGUGCAAACCCAGUUUUCAAAUGCCAAGUCCACAUCCACCAGGAAGGGUGACUCCGGAAAGUGUUAUCUUCAGCUUUGGGACUAUCCUUUUGGAUCUUCUCAGUGGGAAACACAUCCCUCCUACUCAUGCUCUUGAUAUGAUUCGUGGAAAAAACAUUAUUCUCUUAAUGGAUUCACACCUGGAGGGAAAAUUUUCCACUGAACAAGUGACUUACUCGGAAGUCUUUAGUACUCGGCAAUAA